GUUGUUUGCUUUCCAAGGAAAUGAUCAUUUGCUUGUGGAGUUUGGCCAUGUCAUUCCUCUUAUGGUAUGAAAAGAUUUCCCUAUUUUAAAGAAGCAAAAGAAAAAUAGAAGAGCAGUAAACAUUGCCACAUGGGAACAAAUGUUAUGGCCCAAUAAGAAUGUGAAAGUUUAACCAGCCGUUGACUGAGCUAGGACCUAGUCCUAGAAUCCUUGCCAAGCAAAACCAAAGCUACUCCCUGCCUGAGUGCCUGGUUAUAAAUAAGCAGUUACCAAGAAAUUAAUCAAUGGGAAAAUGAAAAAUGGAAGACUACCCACAAUCGGACCGUCCAUUUUCUCAAUAGCCAACAAUCAAAACUUUCUCGUCCCACCUAAGGAUUCUGUUUCGCCAAACCACCAUAACUACCUCUCUAACCCAACCGCCACAACUCUCUCCUCUGCUCUUCAACACUUCAUUAACUCAGAUACCCCUUUCCAUGGCCAAAAGAUCCAUACACACAUUAUAAAAUCUGGGUUUUCACCCAAUACAAAUGUUUCUAUCAAACUCCUUAUAUUGCAUCUGAAAAGUGGGUGCUUAAAAUAUGCCAGCCAAAUGUUCGAUGAAUUGCCGCAGCAGACUUUAAGUGCGUACAAUUAUUUGAUCGGUGGGUACCUUAAACAUGGGAGAGUUGAGGAGUCACUUGGUUUGGUUCGUAGAAUGGUCUAUGCGGGUGAAAAGCCUGAUGGAUUCACAUUUUCAAUGAUUUUAAAGGCGUCUGCUUGUGGGAGUAAUAGGGUGGUGUUGCCGCGGCUUUUAGGAAGGGUGGCCCAUGCCCAGAUGGUGAAAUUGGAUGUUGAGCCGGAUGAAGUGCUUUAUACAGCGCUGGUUGACUCGUAUGUGAAGAAUGGGAAGGUUGGAUAUGCAAGGACUAUUUUUGAUAUGAUGUUGGAAAAGAAUGUGAUUUGUUCAACGGCGUUGAUCACUGGAUACAUGAAUAAUGGAUUGAUAGAGGAGGCUGAAGAUGUGUUUAGUAAAACAAUUGAAAAAGAUGUGGUAGUUUUCAAUGCAAUGAUUGAAGGUUUCAGUAAAUCAGUUGAAACUGCUAAGAAAGGACUUAAGGUUUUUGUUGAUAUGCAACGGUUGAAUUUCUGGCCUAAUAUUUCGACUUUUGCUAGUGUAAUUGGGGCUUGUUCUGUUUUAUCGGCAGUUGAAAUUGGUCAACAAGUUCAAGGUCAAUUAAUGAAGACUGAGUACUUUAUGGACAUAAAGAUUGGAAGUGCUCUUGUUGACAUGCAUGCAAAAUGUGGAAAAAUUGUAGAUGCCAGAAGGGUUUUUGACUACAUGCCGGAAAAGAACGUUUUCACAUGGACCUCGAUGAUUGAUGGAUAUGGGAAGAAUGGAAAUCCAAACGAAGCACUUGAGCUGUUCCAUGUGAUGCAAGAAUGUUGCGUUGAACCUAAUUAUGUUACAUUCCUUAGCGCUCUCUCUGCUUGUGGACAUGCUGGCUUACUUGCCAAAGGGCGUGAAAUCUUUGAAAGUAUGGAGAGAGAUUACUCAAUGAAACCAAAGGUGGAGCACUAUGCUUGCAUGGUUGACCUUUUGGGACGUGCAGGGCAUUUGGAUCAAGCAUGGGAACUUGCAAUGGGGAUGCCUGAGAAGCCUAAUUCUGAAGUUUGGGCAGCUUUGCUCAGUUCUUGCAGGCUGCACGGUGAUGCACAAAUGGCAAGUAUAGCUGCCGAUGAACUUUUUAAGUUGAAUGCCGAUAGUAGGCCAGGGGCAUUUGUUGGACUAUCAAAUGCUUUGGCAGCUGCUGGAAAAUGGGAUGGUGUAAGUGAGUUGAGGGAGAUAAUGAAGGUAAGAGGGAUAUUGAAAGAAACUGCUUGCAGUUGGGUAGGGACUGAGUGUGGUUAUUGAAGUUUCCAUCUUCUUGAAGCUAUUUCAGCUUGACCUGCUUCUAUGAUCAUUGCUUCUGCUGGUAAUUUCCCAUGCAGUUGCUCCAAAUGCUUGAGUAGGGCCUAGGGGUAUGGAACAAUGUAUACAGUUAUCCGUUAUUCACGAACAAUAAUUAAUCAAGCCAAUGUUAAAGGGGGUUUACUGGGUUCUUUCUAUAAAAAUUUCAGGACAAAACCUCACAGUCCUUGUACUCUGCGCA